GUGACGGACACUUGCAGCCAUUUUACGCAGCACGAAUCCAAUCAUGUCGUGAGAGAAGCUCGCCGCUCACCUGAGCCAGCCGCCGCCAACCGGUGGUCGCACGCAGGCGGUAGGACAGGCCGGACAGGCGGCGAGGAGCGGGCAACAUGGUGAAAAGAAAAAGCUUGGAUGACAACGAGCCGGAGUGCGGGAAAGGAAUCCCGUUCCCCAUCCAGACCUUCCUGUGGCGGCAAACCAGUGCGUUUCUGCGUCCAAAACUGGGGAAAAAAUACGAAGCAUCUUGCGUGUCCUUUGAGCGUGUCUUGGUGGAGAAUAAGCUGCACGGCUUGUCACCGGACCUGUCCGAGGCCAUCCAAAGCAUCUCCCGCUGGGAGUUGGUCCAGGCUGCCCUGCCGCACGUUCUCCAUUGUACUUCCAUCUUACUGUCCAAUAGGAACAAAUUGGGUCAUCAGGACAAACUGGGCGUGGCCGAGACCAAGCUGCUCCACACGCUUCACUGGAUGCUGUUGGAUGCCGCCCAGGAAUGCAACCACGAGCCCAGCCUGGGUCACGGGUGGUCCGCCGGCAGCAGCGGCGGUGGCGGCGGCGCCUUCCUGCAGGCCGUGGGAAACCAGGGCUCCUCUCCAGGUGCGCCCGGCUCCUGCUCCAGCUCCGCCUUCGGGGGGUCGGGCCCACAGCACGGCAGCUCCCUGCUGGAGGAGGACGAACACGCUCGCACCAAGUUGUUCCACAAGAGCAUGGCCACCGUGGAGCUGUUUGUGUUCCUCUUUGCGCCUCUCAUCCACCGGAUCAAGGAGUCCGACUUGACCUUCCGACUGGUCAGCGGUCUCAUUAUUUGGCAGCCAAUGUGGGAGCACCGUCAGCCCGAUAUUCCCGCCUUCACCGCGCUGAUCAAACCCAUCCGAAACAUCAUAACAGCAAAGCGAAAGUCCCCAGUCAUCAACCAGUGCAGCCCCAGUGGAUCUGGAAAUCCUGCUCCCAUGGGCUUCCAGGUGGUUUGUGAGGCUGGCCAUUCGGAUUCUUCCUCCUCCCCAGCCGCAGGAGAGCAUAGCUGUCGCCGUGGUAACUCUGUGGAAAAAGGCGGACCCUCUCAGCAACCCCCACCGGUUAAAGGACCGUCCAAGAAGAAGAAGACGUCAGCACCAGCCGGUGUGCCCGCAUCCCUGUCUCAGCGCGCCCGCUAUGCCACCUACUUUGAUGUUGCGGUACUGCGCUGCCUCCUGCAGCCCCACUGGACGGAGGAGGGGGUGCACUGGGCAUUGAUGUACUACCGCCAAAGGCUGAGACAGAUUCUGGAAGAGAGGCCCGAACGUGUCCCGGAACCACUGGUGGCUCCUCUGCCUCGCCCGAGGAGCAGCUCCAUGGUGGCUGCCACUCCUUCGCUGGUGAAUACCCACAAAACUCAGGAUAUGAGUCUGAAAUGCAACGAGGAGGGCAAAUCUUUGAGCACUGAGACCUUCACAAAAGUUUCCCUAACCAACCUCCGUCGCCAAGCUGUACCCGACCUUUCAUCCGACCUUGGCAUGAACAUCUUUAAGAAGUUUAAGAAUCGGCGUGAGGAUCGCGAGAGGAAGGGGUCCAUCCCCUACCAUCACACAGGGAAGAAGCGGCAGCGUCGCAUGGGCGUCCCCUUCCUGCUCCACGAGGACCACCUCGACGUCUCGCCUACUCGGAGCACCUUCUCCUUCGGGAGCUUCUCUGGCCUGGGCGAUGAUCGGCGUACUCUGGACCGGGGCGGCUGGCAGGCCACCAUCAUGGGUAAAUUCACACGGCGGGGCAGCACGGACACAGCCGCCGAUGCCGACAGCCUGAGCGCCAAGCACUCGCAUUCCCACCACUCGCUUCUCCGAGACAUGCCCGACCACUCAAACAGCCACAGCGACAACACCGUCAAAGAAGUCCGAUCCCAGAUCUCCACCAUCACCAUGGCCGCGUUCAACACAACCGUGGCGUCCUUCAAUGUGGGCUAUGCCGACUUCUUCACCGAGCACAUGAAGCGGCUCUGCAACCCCGUGGUGGUCCCGGAGAUGCCCGUGGAGCCGCUGGCCUGCGCCAACCUUCCCCGCAGCCUGACUGACUCUUGCAUCAACUACUCGUGCCAGGAAGAAGGCGACAACAUUGAGGGCACCAAUAACUUUGUGCUGAAAAACGGAAUGUUAGACCUCACAGCUGUGCUGCGUGCCCUCUACGCUGUCCUCAGCCAUGACAUCAGCUCCCGGAUCUGCGAUGUGGCCCUCAACAUUAUCGACUGCCUGCUGCAGCUGGGCGUGGUGCCUGGGAUGGGCAAAAAGCUGUCCAAGCCCGACAACAAGGAGAACGAGGAGGUGCGAGCCAAGGACACUGUUGGCCCCAGUCUGGGAGGAGGUGGCGGGGGAGGAGGAGGCGGCGGAGAUGGUGGCAGCGGAGGCGGAGGGGGUAGCGGCGGAGGAAGUGGGCAAGGGAGCAAGGAUGAUGUGAAGAAUAACAAGGACAAUGACAAAAAGGAAGAGAGCUCUUGCCUCAGCACUCAUCGACUGGCCCUUUCCAUGCUCAUCAAGAUCGUCAAAUCUCUGGGCUGCGCUUACGGAUGUGGCGAGGGACACCGUGGCCUUUCAGGAGAUCGCCUGAGGAUGCAGGCCCAAAACUGCCUGACCAACCUUUACAAGCUGGACAAGCUGCAGUUUCGCCAGACGAUGCGCGACUACGUCAACAAAGACUCUCUGAAUAACAUUGUGGAUUUCCUUCACGCUCUGCUGGGCUUCUGCAUGGAGCCUAUCACCGACAAGUACGGCAGUGCAGGUGAGAGGUCCAGGAGGGCGAAAAAACGAAACAUCGACAAGGCAGGCUUUGGGAAUAAUUUCACCACGGGAGACAACAAGUCCCUGGCGCAGAACAUGGAGGCGGUGGUGGUGGGUUGCAUGUUCAAGUCGCUGAUCACGCGCUGCGCCUCCACAACACAUGAGCUUCACAGUCCCGAGAAUCUGGGCCUGUACUGUGACAUCCGCCAGCUAGUGCAGUUCAUCAAGGAGGCACACGGAAAUGUUUUUCGGCGAGUGGCUCUGAGCGCGCUCCUGGACAGCGCCGAGAAGGUCACAGCCACCAAAAAACCUGAUGAGAAAGAUGAGAGCAAACUGCAAGGUCCAAGAAGGUCAGAAGCGGGUGUGUCCGGGGAGAAGGGUCAGGUGUCCAGUGCUGCUGAUGAGUGUCGCAGUUACAUCUCCAGCAGACCCCCCCAGACCCCCGAACAUGAGGAGCAGAUCCCGGGAGCUUUGUUGGGCAGGAAAGACUUUUGGAGGAAGAUGUUUAAGUCGCAGAGUGCUGCCAGCGACACCAGCAGCCAAUCGGAACAGGACACCUCAGAAUGCACCACCGCCCAUUCUGGUACCACCACGGAUCGUCGCUCCCGAUCAAGAUCCCGGCGGAUUUCACUUCGCAAGAAACUGAAAUUGCCCAUUGGCAACUGGCUGAAGCGUUCUUCUCUCUCCGGACUUACCGACGGUGUGGAGGACCUAUUGGAUAUCAGCUCCGUCGAUCGACUCUCUUUCAUUCGGCAAAGUUCAAAGGUGAAGUUCACCAGCGCAGUCAAGCUGUCAGAGGGCGUCGCCGCCGGGCCGGAAUACAGCAGGGACGAGGAAGAGAAUUUCUUCAAGCGGCUCGGUAAAUGGAGGUCUGGCAGGAGGAAUCCAUCCAAGCUUCACCACACAGAAGAGAAAGAUGGACCGCACGGUUUCCAGGAACGUCUUGCCGCCAGUCAGGAAGCCAUCAAAAAUAAAAAUGUGGUGAAUUUAGGUGCAAUUCGACAGGGCAUGAAACGCUUCCAGUUUCUGCUCAACUGCUGCGAGCCCGGGACCAUUCCCGACGCGUCCAUCCUCGCCGCCGCUCUGGACCUGGAAGCGCCCAUCGUGGCUCGGGCAUCCCUCUUCCUUGAAUGCGCCCGAUUUGUCCAUCGCUGUAACCGUGGCAACUGGCCAGAGUGGAUGAAGGGCCACCAUGUUAACAUCACCAAAAGAGGCCUGUCCAGAGGGCGAUCGCCCAUAGUCGGCAAUAAAAGGAAUCAGAAGCUCCAGUGGAACGCGGCAAAACAUUUCUGCCAAUGGGGAGAUGCCAUUGGCACGCGACUUAGCGAACUGUGCCACUGCGACAGCGAGAGUCCCGCCAACAUCCUGGGCUACAUCUACGAUGAGGAGACUAAACGAAGAAUGAGGAAGGAGGACGAGGAAGAGGAUUAUUUAGACGAUAAUACAGUCAAUCCGACAAAAUGCGGCUGCCCGUUUGCGCUCAAGAUGGCUGCUUGCCAGCUGUUGUUGGAAAUCACCACCUUUCUGCGAGAGACAUUCCCAUGUUUGCCCCGACCACGCACAGAACCACUUGUGGAUUUGGAAAGCUGCCGCCUGCGUCUGGAUCCCGAGCUCGGCCGACAUCGCUACGAGAGGAAAAUCAGUUUCGCCGGCAUCCUGGACGACGAGGACGGUCACGACUCGCUCAACAGCAGCAGCCACACUCUCAAGUCGGACACCGUGUGUGACGACAAGAAGGCUCAGGAGGCUGCGGCGCCCAUCCGAAAGAUUCGCAUCGGAGGCUCGCGGUUGCUUCAGAUCAAAGGAGCCCGAAGUUUCCGUGUCAAAAAAGGGGGCUCCUUAUCUUCCAUCCGGAGGGCGGGCAGCCUGAAGAGCACCAAACUGUCCCGACAGGAUUCCGAGUCGGACAAUGAGGAGGGGAUACUUUCGCAAACAAAUAGCCGAGAUACCGUCACGGACAUCGGUAGUCCCGGCAGUACCAGUGAACCCAGCAUUGAGCCAGAAGGUCAAAGCUCAGGCGGAGCAGAGGACAACUACCACCGCAACAUGUCUUGGCUUCACAUCAUGAUCCUCCUAUGCAACCAGCAGAGUUUCAUCUGCACUCAUAUUGACUUCUGCCACCCGCGCUGCUACCAGCACCACAACCGCUCCUGUGCCCGUCUGGUCCGCGCCAUCAAGCUUGUCUACAGCGAGACGGUGGACAGCCUACAAGAGGACAGCGCCGCCCCCGCCACCACCACCACCGGCAUCAUCGGUGCUCGCGCACAGAAGAACAAGGAGUGUUCCGAUAAAUCAUGUCUGAGGACGCCGUCCAUGAAGAGGAGGCCCACUGACAGCAACACCGAAGGGAAGAAAGACACUGGAAUGCUCAAGUACAUCAGAAACCAGGUGAUGAGCUUGUCGCCGGCUCCCUUGUCUCUGCUGAUCAAAGCUGCUCCGAUCUUGACUGAUGACAUGUACGGAGACGUUCAACCUGCAGCCUGGGAGCUUCUGCUCAGCGUGGAUGAACACAUGGCAGCCGCUGCUGCCGCCAUGUUCCUCCUGUGCGCGGUGAAGGUCCCCGAUGCCGUGACCGAGAUGAUGAUGGCUGAGUUCCAGCACCAAGAGGCCUGCCAGCGCAUUAACUCUAUCUUCAAGUUCUACACGCUUUGGCGUUUCCGCUACCAGGUUUGGCCUCGCAUGGAGGAAGGAGCUCAGCAGAUCUUCAAAAUUCCCCCACCCAGCAUAAACUUCACCCUGCCAUCUCCAAUACUGGGCAUGCCCUGUGUGCCUAUUUUUGACCCCCCGUGGGUUCCCCAGAACACCGGAAGUGUCCAAGAUCCAAUCAGUGAGGACCAGUCUAAAUCCUUCUCAGCACGGGCGGUGUCGCGCUCUCACCAGCGAGCCGAGCACAUCCUGAAGAACCUGCAGCAGGAGGAGGAGAAGCGGCGGCUGGGUCGCGAGGCCAGCAUCAUCACGGCCAUCCCCGUGGCGCAGGAGGCCUGCUAUGAGCCCACGUGCAGCCCUCCGGCCGAGCAAGAAGAAGAAGCAGAAGAAGUGGUGAACCUGGCAUCUCGCCGUCUGUCCGUUAGUCCGUCCUGCGCCUCCAGUAACUCUCACAGGAAUUACUCUUUCCGCCGAGGCUCUGUGUGGUCGGUUCGCUCGUUGGCUAGUGCUGAAGAUGAAGAGAACACGACAGAACACACACCCACACAUCACAUGCUGCAGCCACCACAAGCCGUCUUCCCGGCAUGCAUCUGUGCUGCCGUGCUACCCAUCGUGCACCUCAUGGAGGACGGCGAAGUGCGAGAGGAUGGCGUGGCUGUGAGUGCAAUCGCCCAGCAAAUCUUGUGGAAUUGCCUGAUUGAGGAUCCUGCCCUUGUCCUGCGGCAUUUCCUGGAAAAACUCACUGUGAGCAACCGUCAGGAUGAAUUGAUGUACAUGUUGAGGAAGCUGCUACUUAAUAUUGGAGACCUUCCGGCGCAGACCUCCCACAUUCUUUUCAACUACCUGGUGGGCCUGAUCAUGUAUUUCGUGCGGACCCCGUGCGAGUGGGGGAUGGAUGCUAUCUCGGCGACACUCACCUUCUUGUGGGAGGUGGUGGGCUACGUAGAAGGGCUCUUCUUCAAAGACCUGAAGCAGACCAUGAAGAAAGAGCAGUGUGAAGUCAAGCUGUUGGUCACGGCGUCGAUGCCAGGAACCAAGACGCUGGUAGUGCAUGGACAGAACGAGUGUGACAUCCCAACACAGCUGCCAGUCCAUGAAGACACACAGUUUGAAGCUUUGCUCAAGGAAUGUUUGGAGUUUUUCAACAUUCCCGAGGCCAGAUCGGCUCAUUACUUCCUUAUGGACAAACGGUGGAACCUCAUCCAUUAUUCCAAGACGUAUGUGAGAGACAUCUACCCCUUUCGGAGAUCAGUCUCUCCGCAGCUCAACCUUGUCCACAUGCUGCCUGAGAAAGGACAGGAACUGAUCCAGAAACAGGUGUUUUCCCGCAAACUGGAGGAGGUCGGCCGUGUGCUCUUCCUCAUCUCCCUCACUCAGCACAUGCCCGCCGUGCACAAGCAGUCCCAUGUCUCGCUGCUCCAGGAAGACCUGCUCCGCCUGCCGUCCUUCCCGAGAACCGCCAUCGAUGCCGAGUUCUCUCUCUUUAACGAAACACAGGGGAAGGAGCUAUUUGGGUUGGACACCCUCCACAAGGUGCUGUGGAUCAAGCUCCUUGAAGAGAUGUUUCUAGGAAUGCCCAGCGAGUACCCGUGGGGAGAUGAGAUGAUGCUUUUCCUCAACGUUUUUAACGGGGCCUUAUUACUGCACCCGGAGGACAGCGCCCUCGUCAGGCAGCACACGGCGACCGCCAUCAACACCGCCGUGCACUUCAAUCACCUCUUCUCGCUGAGCGGCUAUCAGUGGAUCCUGCCCACCAUGCUGCAGGUUUAUGCGGACUACGAGGGCAACCCUUUAUUGAGGCAGGGAAUCGAGUUCUGCUGCCGUCAGUUCUACAUCCUCCACCGCAAGCCCUUCAUCCUCCAGUUGUUUGCCAGUGUGGCACCACUGCUUGAAUUCACAACGAGUACCAGUAGUGGCCUUUCCAAGGGAGUGUCAGCUCAGUGUCUCUUUGACCUUUUGGUCUCUCUGGAAGGCGAGACUCGGGACGCCCUGGAUGCAUUGGAGCUGGUUAAGGCGGAGAAACCUUUGCGCUCUCUGGAUUUCUGCUAUGGCAAUGAGGACUUGGCCUUUUCUAUUAGUGAAGCCAUCAAGCUGUGCGUCACCGUGGCAGCCUAUGCACCCGAGUCCUUCCGAAGUCUCCAAAUGCUGAUGGUGCUGGAGGCACUGGUUCCAUGUUACCUCCAGAAGCUGAAGACCAACACAAUGACCAUGGAGUCGGCAUCGGCUGCCAGGGAUGAGAUCGCCGCCAUUGCCGCUCUGGCCACCUCCCUGCAGGCGCUGCUCUACAGCUCAGAGGCCCUUACAAGGCCCAUGACUGCACCGCAGAUGUCCCGCUGUGAUCAAGGCCAUAAAGGAGGAACCACUGCUAACCACACCAUGUCGGGAGGAGUCAACACCAGGGACAACCUACAUCUUAUGGAGGAAGGCCAGGGCAUGCCAAGAGAGGAGCUGGACGAGCGCAUCGCAAGGGAGGAGUUCCGCCGGCCUCGGGAGUCCCUGCUAAACAUCUGCACCGAAUUCUACAAGCACUGCGGCCCGCGUCUGAAGAUCCUGCAGAAUGUAGCCGGGGAGCCGCGGGUGACGGCGCUGGAGCUGCUCGACAUCAAGUCGCACAUGAGGCUGGCCGAGAUCGCCCACGCCCUACUGAAGCUAGCGCCGUACGACACCCUGACCAUGGAGAGCCGAGGCCUGCGGCGCUACAUUAUGGAGAUGCUGCCCAUCACCGACUGGUCUUCGGAAGCCGUGCGCCCGGCGCUUAUCCUCAUCCUCAAGAGGCUGGACCGCAUGUUCAACAAGAUCCACAAAAUGCCCACGCUCAGGUGCGCUCGCCCACAGGCAUUAUGCACCAGGAGACAGGUGGAGUGGGAAGCAGCUAGCAACCUGAUUGAGGGCAUCUGUCUGACUCUUCAGCGUCAGCCAAUCAUCUCUUUCCUGCCUCACCUUCGUUCGCUCAUCAACGUCUGCGUCAACUUGGUGAUGGGCGUGGUGGGCCCAUCCAGUGUUGCGGACGGCUUGCCUCUGCUCCAUCUCAGCCCUUACCUCUCCCCGCCGCUCCCUUUCAGCACAGCGGUGGUGCGCUUGGUGGCCUUACAGAUCCAGGCCUUGAAGGAAGACUUCCCGCUCAGCCAGAUGAUCUCACCUUUCACCAAUCAGGAGAGGCGAGAGGGGAUGCUGCUAAACUUGCUGAUCCCCUUUGUGCUCACUGUUGGGUCUGGGAGCAAAGACAGCCCCCACCUGGAGCAGCCGGAGAUCUUCCUGCUCCUGCAGACGGUCAUUAACAUUCUGCUACCGCCACGCAUCAUCUCCACGUCCCGCACCAAGAACUUCAUGCUGGACGCUUCGCCGGCUCACUGCUCCACCCCCGGCGACACGGGGAAGGACCUUCGCAGAGAGGGUCUGGCUGAGUCCACCAGCCAGGCGGCGUAUCUUGCUCUGAAAGUGGUCCUGGUGUGCUUCGAGCGCUCUCUGGGGAACCAGUGGUAUCGUCUGAGUCUGCAGGUGAAAGAGAUGGCUCUCAGGAAGGUGGGCGGUCUGGCCUUCUGGGACUUCAUUGACUUCAUCGUGAGAACCCGCAUCCCCAUCUUUGUCCUACUGAGACCCUUCAUACAAUGCAAGUUAUUGGCGCAGCCGGCCGACUCGCAGGAGGAGAUCACGGCGCGUCACCACAUCGCCGACCAGCUGGAGCGGCGAUUCAUCCCUCGCCCUCUGUGCAAGAGCUCGCUGUUUGCGGAAUUCAACAAUGAGCUGAAGAUCCUCAAGGAGGCCGUUCACAGCGGCUCCGCCUACCAGGGCAAGACGUCUAUCAGCACAGUGGGCACCUCCACUUCGGCCUACCGCCUCAGUUUGGCCACCAUGUCGCGCUCCAACACGGGCACCGGCACCGUGUGGGAGCAGGACAGCCAGCCGUCCCGCCAGCCUUCGCAGGACACGCUCAGCCGUACCGAUGAGGACGACGAAGAGAACGACUCCAUCAGCAUCCCCAGCGUCGUGAGCGAGCACGAGGCCUUCUUGCCCAGGCUGAUAGCCGAACGCCGAUUCUCCAGCCACGCCACCGGCUCGGCCGCUUUGCAACCUGAAGCCCCCCGCAGCACCAUGCUGCCCAGCCACAGUGAACCCAAUGUGCUAGAUGAGUCCCAGGGCCUUCUGCAGGAGGGUAACCUCUCUAGGGUUGCCAGUGUACAGAGCGAGCCCGGCCAACAAAACCUACUCAUCCAGCCGCCACUGGGGAGGAAGAGAGGCCUGAGACAGCUGCGGCGCCCCCUGCUGUCCAUUCCAAAGAAUGAGCCCCGUGGUCGUUCUGGAGCUCGUCUCUCCACAACUCGCAGGAGCAUCCAACCCAAAAAUAAACCACUGGAAACUUUAUUGGACUGUGAAGCGCAAGGGGACCAAAAGAGGUCGGUGACCUUUACGGAAACACAAAGGCCGCAAACGUGCGUGGGAGGCGGCAAGUCUUUGAGCCCCGGCGGGGCGGACGUUCCCAUCGAAGGCAGGAAGAGCAUGCUCGCCGUGUCCAAGCCUCCCAAACUGGAGGUCCCCUCCGUCACAUCAGCCACCGUCAUCGCCGACCUGCACAGCCCCGCAAAAACACAGGUUGCACCAACCAUGAGUAGCAAGGAGAAGCGAGAGCAGUGGGGCCUCCGCAGCAGUCUUUCCCCGCCCCCGUCCAUCUCGCGCGCCUCCACCCCGACACCACCUCCCCAUCCCUGCUCCCCACUAAGCCUCUCCAGAACCAGCUCCCCUUUGUCCCGCACCGCCUCUCCUCUCCCCCCGCCCCUCCCCGUGCUGGGCGUGACACCAGCCCCCAGCCCGCCAACCUCGCUGGUUCCUCCUCCGCCGACAGCGUCGCGUCCCCGAGAGAGUCCCGGCGACUCGGACACGGCCGCGCUCCUGCCGCAAAGCGACACGCCGCCGCGACUGGGCAAGGACGAGGGGACGGAAAACCCCCUCCUCACCCCACUCCUGCCCGCGCCGUCGCCUCGCCGCUCACCUGGCCGACUCCCUCUUUCCCCCGUUGACCUGGACUUGGAUGAAUCCCACGUGUAGCAUCACUUUCAUUCAAGCCACAGAUAAAGAACGGCGCUGAGCAAUCGAAGCCCACACAAUGGGCAACAGCCAUAUCUGCAACACGAAACGAUGGCAGCAGCAAAUCUCUUUAAUGUACAAAUAUACAACAUAACACUGUGACAGUGACAUUAUUGUUUCAUUAUUCUCUUGUAGAACCGAAUGUAUAUUUUAGCAGAGCCCAUGUUACUGUAUGCACAAAUGAUAUCAUGAAAUAUAAUGAAUAGAAAUUAUUAUUUUGAUUGUGAUUUAUGAUUUGAUUUUCAAAUAUUCUGUACUCGUUUAGUAUUGAAUACGUACGUAAUGUGUGUCUGUUGCGAUAAAGUAAUAGUCAUUGCCUCGUUUUCUCAUUUCAUGCCUUAAGGGGAAAAAAAGAGCCAAUGUCGAGAUAGAUGAUUUUUAUUGAGUGGAGUAAAAUACCUCUGAAACGUGAAACUGGAUGUGCCAAGCAAGCAACAUGUCGUUUGUCGUUGAUUCCUUUCUGCAAUUUUGGAUGUUUAUUGACACAGUUGUUCGCGUGUUAUUGUUCUGGCCGAGCAAUAUUUGUGCCAUCCAUUUGUAACGUAUGUGAAACAAAUAACAAAUAAAAUAUUA